UAUCCAUCCAGACAUCACUCGAUCUCUCGAUCUCUCGACCUCGUCUCUCCGCCUCUCUCAUCACAGAUCCCUCCCAAGGUAUCUCCAGCUCUUCAUCUUCCCAGCUGCCCAUCUGCCCAUCUGCCCAUCUCCCCAUCUAUUUCUUCCAUUGCAAGCCGCAACCUAGCCAGUAACUCUCUCCCAUAGCCAGUCGAGGCCAUGGCGCAGUCUCUCCAGCACUUCGGCCGUGGAGCCCUCCGGGUGGCCAAAAACUACACUAAGGGGUACAGCGACACCCAAACCAAAGUGCGCGAUGCGACGUCGAACGACCCAUGGGGACCCUCAGGAACGCAGAUGAAUGAAAUCGCCCAGCUCACAUACAACCAGGGUGACUUUGUCGAGAUCAUGGAGAUGCUGGACAAGCGUCUCAACGACAAAGGCAAGAACUGGCGACAUGUGUUCAAGGCGCUCACAGUCCUUGACUACUGCCUGCACGCUGGCUCCGAGAACGUCGUCGUGUACUUCAAAGACAACCUGUACAUUGUUAAGACGCUCAAGGAGUUUGUCUAUGUCGAUGACCAGGGCAAGGACGUGGGCCACAAUGUCCGCCAAAAGGCCAAGGACAUCACGAACCUGCUGCAGGAUGAGGAGCGACUGCGCACGGAGAGGCGGCAGAGAGGUGCCAUGCGUGAUCGCAUGCUGGGCAACAUCGCAGACAGCGGUCUGCAGGGCGAGGAUGACUUUGGUGACCGACGCAACGGUAACGCCCCGCGGCGACCGCGGCCGGCCAACUAUCGCGCACCAUCGCGAGACGAGGACGAGGAGCUCCAGCGGGCGCUCCAGGAGAGCAUGGACACGAGCCGUGAGGAGGACAGGAGACGCUCGCAACGGGUCAAGGAGGAAGACGAUCUGCAGAAGGCGAUACGACUGUCUGAGGAGGAAGAGGCGCGCAAGAAGCGAGAAGCCGAGGAGGCUAACCAGCGCGCCUUAAUGGACGACAACUUCCAGCUUGAGUCGAACAACCAGUACUCUCAACAGAAUCAGAACCAGCAGGGCAUGGGAAUGAUGAACACCGGCUUCCCACUCGUUGACACGAGCACCGGUUGGCCGGGCCAGCAGCAACCCCUCCAGCCCCAGUUCACGUCCUACAACCCUUUCUAUGCGCAGAUGCUCGCUCAGCAGCAACAGCAGCAGGCGCAGCAGCAGCAACAACAGCAGAUGAUGCAGCAGCAGCAGAUGCUGGAACAGCAGCGCCAGCAGGAGGAGUAUAUGCGGCAGCAAAUGAUGAUGCAGCAACAGCAAAGCCUCAUCCCGCAGCACACAAGCGUGGGCUCGAACAAUCCAUUCGCGCCGCGCCCACCUCAGCAGAGCCUGCUUGACCAGGGUACCAGCAACCAGAGCCAGAACAACAACAACAACAACAACAACAACUCCUUGUUCUCCAACUCGUUCUUGUCUCCUUCCAACCCACAGCAAAACCAGCCCACCUCUCCCAUUCAAUCGCCCAUCUCCCCAUCGCCGGCAUCUCCCGCAAAGCCCGCAUGGCAGCCGGCCGCAAAGAAGGACGACGGGCAGCACGCGCACCUUGCUAACCUCAUUGGCGCGGGUCGUGAGGAUGGCAUUGACACGUUCGGCAACGUCGGCAACCUUCGUUUCGGCGCCAAUAACCCGUUCGGCGGGGUCGGCAGCCAGCCGACUGGGUUUGGGGGGCAGCAGGGCUUCGGGGGUCAACAGAACUUUGGGGGUCAGCAGGGCUUUGGCGGCCAACAGCAGCAGAAGCAGAACAACGAUCAGCCUUUCUUCCAGAUCUGAGUUGCGAGUUUGACUGUGGUGUAGGCACGUUGCAAGUCAGCAAGUCAUGCGGAUGGCAUUACCGAGGGUACCCAGACGCCUUUCUAGACGGGAUUUUGUAGUUGUCGGUUGAUUAUGCAUGGUCCGUUCUGCGAUG